AUGCCGACCCCAAGAAGUAGAACGGCGACGGAGCGCCGCCGGCAUUGUGGCUGCCGCAGCUCGCCAAGGGUUCCCCCCAUCCAUAGCCCACUCCAACCAACCACCAAACCAGCCACACGAGGUCGCCGGCAACCGAGUCGGCGUGGGCGGCCAGAGAACGCGGAGGUCGCCGUCUUCAAAUCGAGAUCCAUGCUCACCGCCGACGCGCCGCCCGCACGGCCAAGUCCAGCGGCCGGAACCAUCAGCACCACCUCCCCCGGUCGCCAGGGAGGGGUGCCCUCGCCGGAGGAGGCCGCCGCCCGUACCUGCGCCGCCCAAACUGGAGGCCCCGCCGCCACGCCACCUGCCCCGCCAGCCGCCGGCCACGGCAGGGGAGGUCGCCCGUGGUCCAGGCCGCCCGCAGCCCCCGCCACCCGCCGGGCCGCCGGCGCGCCAGAUCUGGCCAGACCCGACGGGUGCGGCACCACCAGAGACCGCGGCCGCCGCGCCGCAAGAGGAGGCCCCGCGCGCGACGCCGCCAACCACGUGCGCCGCCGCUCAGAGCCCCCGUCGCCGCACCGCUGCACCCCGCGCCAGUGCAGCGCCUCCACGCGCCCGGGCCGUCCCGCGCCAGCCGAGGGAAGUAGAGGGGAGGGGAAACGAGGCCCCGCCGCCGCCGAAGCCAGCCGGGCUUUGCCCGCUGGCCCUUGCCGGCGGCGGCGAGGGGAGGAGGAGGGAGGGAGGGCGCGGAGAGCCGGCGGCUAG